AGUUCCUUAUUGAGUUAGUAUAUCAGAGGCCGUGUGCCUGCCUUCCUCUUUCACUCUGCCUCUCUGGCAGACAAACUAACAUAUCAGGAGGAACCGGACAGACCACAGCUUCAGGUAAGCGUGAAAGAGUUCAGUGUUUUUAGAAACAGAUUAAAGGGGUGGGAAGCUUAUCUUUUAUUAAUCAUGCGUUUUUUGUUUUUUUUUCACAACAGAUGUAACUUUAUCAGUAAACAGAGAAAUGUGUAAGGAAACAAAAAAACAUCUCAUUUGUUGUGUCUGAACAUGUUUGCAACAGAAGGUGAUUUCAGACCUCUCUGAAAGUGAUCCCAUGAUUCUGAUUUGUUGAGUAGAUUUCUGCUCCUGUAGCUGUACGUUUUGAAAAGUCGUGUUUCUGUAGUCAAAAGUUGUGAGGGAUUUUUGUUAUUGUACAAAAGAAAUUAUAAGAAAGACAAGAGGUACACCAUGAUGAGCAACUGUGUUCAGAGACUCCAAAGCACUUUAGAAAGAUUUAUGCAACUUUAUUUGUUAAAAUGUAGGAUCAGACCAAAAUUAAGUACCAUUGCCUGAAUUCUGAGUCAGACAUGAUUUCAGUAGUGACCAGAAUCUCUUACACCUUUAUACUAAAGUUUAACAAGAGCCAGAGAUUUGGAAAACUUUUCACCAAGUCACAUGUCUUAAACUCUUUUUUUUUUUUUUUUUUUUUUUUAGCCGACUCGUACCACUGAUUCUGUUUAUGUAUGUUUGUUUGAUGAUUGAUAGAGCUCAUAAUCAUGGAAAAGCAGCUUGUGACUGACAUUAGCCUACAUCUGCUGACACUGGACUGCUUCAUACAUAUCUUUACACACAAUGACGUGACUUCCCCAGAGAGAAAUUUGAGUAUCCACGAUAUGAGGGAUUUUUACACUGAUUCAAAAUGGACUAAAUGUGCCUUAAAUCUCCGCCUAAUUUAAUUGUGUGGUCAUGUGGUUCGCUCCUAACAGACAGCUCUUUCACUGUCAGAGGACUCCCUGACUCAGGCUGCGGUGGUGAGGGUAUUUAGGUACAGUUCCUGGUACUCUAGAGUUCACGUUAACUGAAACACACAGUUUUAGGAGAGAAUUACAAUCAUUUUGAUCCACUGCAGAUAUAGUUACAGACUACUACCACUUACAACAGUAUUUUUACCUUUACCAAAGAGAAGUAUGUUGAAGUGUACUUCAAGUAUACCGUGUUUAAACUAAGUAUGCUUUCAGUUUACUUUUUAUGCACUUUUCAGAGAUAUACUUAACGGCGUUAAUGUUAAGUGUACUUGGCUUAUACUCAGUAUGUAUUUGUGCCUUAGAUUUAAGUAUCUGCGGCUUGUACUGCUUAUCUAUCUAAGAGAUCUUAUCUAAGAGUAUACACCUAUAUAGUAUACUCUUUAAAAGAUCAGCGAUAUAAGCUAAGUAUAUAAAGAUAUAUACUACUAUUGAAAUAAUAGCAUACCUUAAAGGUAACUUUAAAUGUACUUUGAGCGAGUGCACAGAAAAAAUGUAGUAUGCUUUAAAGUGCAAUUUUACAAACUUAAGGGUGACUAGAAGUUUAUUACUUGUAAACUAAUGAUAUACCAAGAAGUUUACUUUUACGUAUGCUUCAAAUAUACGUUCAUGAACUAAAAUUGAGCCAAUUUAGUUCCAAGAAGUUUACUUGUAAGUACACUGCUAGUAUAUUUGUAUCAGUGUACAAAGUUUACUUCAUCCACUGAUACAUAAGUAUACUAAAAUGAACUUAAGUAUACUUCAUAAAAUGUCCUUAAAGUAUACUUUUGUUGGUAGGGGUGCAGUAAUCCACUAAUCAGGAUUGGGUUUGAUGUUUACAGUGAAAACAAUAAAUAAACUUCAAAUUUUGAAGUGAAGUUUUUCACAUUUGUUUACUAAAAAAGAAAACCCAUUUCAGUCCUCUGUAAGAAUUGUCAGCUGAUGUCAAAAAGAGGGUUUUAUUUUCUAUCAUCCGUCCCCACUAGCAGGGUAGUUUAUAACACACGCUGCGGUGUGCAACAAAUCGCCAGAAGAUGCAAAGACAGAGACCACACCAUGUGAUCUGCAUCUGAGCUGUAAUGUUAUAAAAUAACAAUACGCAAUCAUGCUGAUCUGUCUGUGCAUGUGGGUGUGACCACAAUCAACAUCUGCUUUCACUUUGACUCAGAAGUAUGUGAAAAUGUUUUCAGAUGCAUACACUAGAAUAAUGAGCACAGUACAGAUUUAUUUAAACAACCUAGCUGUGUAAAUGACAAAGGUUUGAUCAUGGUAUUGAAUUAGAUCUCAGAGCGGUACCACAUAAGUCAAAGUGUGCAUUAUUAUGGUGUUCAUGGUGUCGUACUGAGUUAGGCAGUGUGCAGUAAAAAUGCUGUUUUGAGUAUUUAAUGAGUCAUGCAUUAGUGGUAGUAGUCUAUAAUUUUAACUGAUUAAUUACAGUUUUUAUCAUCACAUAAUUCAUAUUUGAGAAUAAUUGGACAUGACAUUAUUUGUCACCUCGAGAUGUUUUUUUUUUUAGAAUCUUUUUAAAUGAUAGCAGUCACCCCCGCCAGUCUGUUAUUUUACACUGUGAGCAUCCUGAAACAUCAUUAAAUCUAACCAAAUGUAAAUAGGAGGAUGUAAGGAGAUGCUUGUAACCAUUUUUGUGUUUAAACCCACACCUGUCAAUCAACAUUUAGCUUGCUGUAUCAGCAUAGGAGUUUGAUUGUACAUGAAAAACAACUUAUUGUAAAGUCUAAUUUUCUCUAUACUAUUGUUGUCAAUCACUAUUAUUUUUAUUCUUUUUUAUCAUGUUAUCUUGUGCUUUUGUACUUUAAAUUGUAAUAUCAAUAUUAGGCUAUUAUAGGUGGAAGCUUCAAAUAAGUCCACUGUGGUUAUUUGCCUCUCCCUGCACUGUUUCAUAAAAUGGAAAUGGAAAAAAUAAAUCUAUAAUAAAUUCAAUAUAAUUCAUGUGGUUUUAUCAACAAAAGUAUAAAUAAAAAAACAGAAUAUUUAUACUCUAUAGACACCUGUCCCAGCCUCAAAAAUCCACAUGUGGGAUUGGGUAAGGGGGUGGGUAAACACUGGCAUGAUCAUGGGACCCCUGUGUUAUCCCUGGAAUCCCCUCACCCAUAAAUGUAUGAAGUAGUAAGUCUGACUAACCUGUGCUUUAUAUCUUCAAACAGUCAAGAUGUUUUUGUGCUGCUUUCUGGCUUUGGUGGCUUUAAUCCCGUCAAGUUUCAGCACCAAUCCUGGAGUGGUGGUCAAGCUAACAGAGAAAGGUCUUGAAUAUGGUAAGUUGCAGGUUUUUCUUAGUUGAAAAGCAUCAUUGUUUUUAUUUUUUAUUUUUUUUUUUCCCCAGAGUUUCAUAAACACAAUCUCUUACCUUUUAGGCAGACAACUGGGAGUAGCUUCAAUCCAGCAAAAGCUGAAAACCAUCACAGUUCCGGAUAUUUCAGGAGCUGAGAAGGUGCCCCCCAUCGGCAAGGUCCAGUACAGCUUGUCAAAGUAGGGCGACUACCAAUCCUCCCACCUCUGUCAGAAACAAGUUUUUCUCUGUGACCUUUCCUAAGACACGUGUCGUUUCUUUUAGCAUGAAAAUAAGGGAUGUUGGAUUACCACAGUUUGAGGUGGAUCUGGUGCCAGGGACUGGUGUCAGACUGGCCAUUAGCAAUGCCUUUAUCAGUAUGGAUGGAGACUGGAGGGUCAAGUACCUCAAAUUUAUGUAAGUUGACCUGAAUGUAGAGCUGCUUUUUCCUGCGAUACCCAUAACACAACAGUGACCUUCUGUCUUUAAGGAAGGACCAUGGCUCUUUUGAUUUAACCGUAAAAGGACUCACUGUCAUCACAAGUAUUGCUAUCAAGAGUGAUGAGACAGGCCGGCCAUCAGUCUCUAACAUCAACUGUGCAGCCUCGGUCAGCAGCACCAGCAUCAAAUUUCACGGUGGAGCAAGGUGAAGUGACCCUCCUCCGCACUUUAUUUGAGGGAGUAGAUUCUGACUUCUCAGUCUUAUCUGACGUGUUUGAUUCACUGCAGACUUCUCUCAUUCCUGUGGUUCCUUUUUUAUUUCAGCUGGCUGUACAAUCUCUUCACCACAUUCAUUGAAAAGGGUUUGCGAAAUGCUCUGCAGAAACAGGUGAGAGCAAACCAGCCUUGGACAAUGUGUUUUAAUCUGUCCUUCUGUUAUCUUGAGUUAUUCUUAGUCAUCCUGCAGCUGGGUGUAACAAAAUGUUCCAGGUUUAAGAAUCUGGGGGAGCCAUGGGGGAGAUAUUCACGCGCCGUGAUUCUUACCCAAAACACUCUUGUUCAAACCUGCAACAACACCUGAAAUACGUGACUGGUAGUAGUCCUUGCAUAAAAGAACAAAUCAACAACUGGCAAAUGAAAACUGCAGCUUUUUCAUUUUGCUUUCAAGGAUACGUGUGUUUACAUUCACCUCUUUUAGAUAAAUGUAUAAAACUCAUUGUGGCGGGUGGUGCCUUUGCGCCCUCUACUGUCCUUCUGCAACUGGUUAAAAUUCAAACAGUUCAUUGGUAUUAAAAGUGAAAGUAUUUUCCACGUGACAAUAAUCACACUGGUAUUUAGAGUCAUUAUACAUCAGUUACAUCAGUGUUAAAGUUGUAUUGUUGUUGUGCAUACUUACAGUAUGAUUGUAAAGACGUUUCACCAGCUAAAUUCAGGAGUCACAAGCUGAUCAAUGGGGCUAAACUGAACUUUUUAGUCUUGUUUGUACACUGUAAACGUACAUGCUGCCAACAUCUCAAAUACAUCAGAAAUGUGGAAGAUGUCCAAACUCCACUGGAGGCCUCUGGUCUUAUCUCGAACAGUACAUGUUGUAUUCUUUGAGCUAAUAACACAAAGUUUCUAAAGUUUCUAAAGUAUGCUAUUCUGUGGAGUAGCUUAUGACAGGUCGGUGUAAAAUAUUCAUUACGUCCACCCGAAGCAAGGUGUGUAAUGUAGUAGAAAAAUAACAAAUCAACCAGUUUAUAAGAAGCUCACGGGUGGAUUUCAGUGACUUAGUUUGAUUAAAGAUUCUGACAUGGACUCAAAAUAUUCAGUUAUAAACUUCUCUGUGUAAUGUUCUCAAUUAUUUUCUCAUUGUUGAAAUUCCUCAGGGGAUUUAUAUCCAUAAUUCAUGAGUGUAAAGACUGUUAUUCUCCUGAUCACUUCCUCUCUUGAAGGCGUCUGUUUCUUGAUGUUGCAGAUCUGCCCUCUGGUGGCUGAUGCUGUGUCUGACUUGAAUCCUAAAUUGAAAACUCUGAAUGGUAAAAAUAAUAAUAAUAACUGUAAUCUUUUGAUAUUUUACUGAUGCAGAGUUUAUGACAGGCUUUUUCAAUGUCUUGCAGUCUUGGCUAAAGUAGACCAGUAUGCAGAGAUUGAAUAUUCCAUGGUGUCAUCGCCCACAGUGUCAAAGUCGUCGAUAGACUUCAGCUUGAAGGUAAACAGAAUUAUGCAGCACAUACUCUGACCCUUAGGGAGUGGUCAGCUAUAGUGAUGUGACAGCCUCUCUGUUUGGGGUGUUUUUUUCUCUCUCUCUCUCAUUUAGGGUGAGUUUUACAACAUCGCCAUGCAUCAGGAGCCUCCAUUCGCCCCCUCUGCUUUUUCUCUGCCUCCUGAAGUCAGCAACAUGUUAUACAUCGGUGUGUCUACCUUCACUGCCAACUCUGCAGCUUUUGUCUACAACAAAGCAGGAGUCCUCAGUCUCUACAUCACAGAUGACAUGGUUAGAGGCCUCCUCAUGAUUCCUCGUUUUUGCUGUGUUCAUAAUGCUGCACCGAUCUUUUGACAUGUCUGACUCUGUUACAACAGGUCCCCAAAAGCUCUCCCAUCAGACUCAACACCAGGACAUUUGGAGCGUUCGUCCCUCAGGUAGCUACAUACAUUUUCAUGUCCACAUUAUAAGAAGCAUUAUCAGUUUGUCAGCUAUAUGUCUGUGUGUUUUCAGAUUGCCAAAAGCUUCCCAGGUCUGUUGAUGAAACUGCUGGUAAAGACUGUAAAAAGUCCUGUCAUCACUUUUGAACCCAACAACGCCACUAUUCAGACCGCCGGCACAGUCACAGCCUACGCCAUCCAACCCAACGCCACACUCACCCCCCUCUUCGUUCUUAACCUGGUGGGUGAUACAGCUGGCAUGAUGAAAACCUGUGUGUGCGUGUGUGUGUGUUUAAUAAAGAGCACUAAAACUGUCAUACUGCCAUACUGUCUCUACAGGACAGCAGUGUCAGCGCCAAAGUGUUCGUGAGUGGAAUGAGCAUCGCUGGAUCUGUCACCCUAAACAAGUGAGUUACUAAAAAAAAUCACUGCGUGCUUCAGAAGAGAAAAACGGGGCCAAAAGGUCUUUGUAAAGAUGAGCGUCACAGAAUAAUUCCCUCUAAUUUGCACAGGAUGGACCUGACUCUGGGGACCAGUUAUGUUGGAGACUUUCAGGUGAGAGCUGCAGUCUAACAUGAGUCACAGAGUGAAUCAUCAUAACAGAGCGUACACACUUACUCUGACCUCUGACCUGCAGGUUAGGCCCCUCGACAACAUCUUCCAAAUGGUCCUCAAGGUGGUAGUGAUACCUAAACUGAACGGUGAGUUCUGGAUUUCCAGUAAAUACAGUUUAUGAACAGUUAUCUUAAGGGUUAGCUUUAGACUCUCGUCGAUUUUUGAGUUAACUAGUUUUACUUGAGCAGAAUUACACCUUGAUUUGAAACAGCCAGAAUGGAAUUGUUUGAAGUCUGUUUGGAGUCGACUGUUAUUCCACUACUACUAUCCACACCACGAAAUGUAUGAAGGCACUGGCGGUGUUGUAUUUUCUCCAGAAAUGUCCAUGUUUGGGUUUUGUUUGACAAGGAAAAUGUGAAUCAUUUCAAAAAUGUUUGAAAGAUGGUUAGGGCCACAAGAAGAAAAAAAUAUAAUUAUAAGAGGGAGAUUUUUUAAAUUUCCAUUUCAAGAUUAAAGUCGAAGUUUCCAGAUUAAAGUUGAAAUUUAAAAAAGUCGAAAUUUCUUCUUUAUUCAUGUUGACUUUAAUCUUUACAUUUUAAUUUUUGUAAUUUCGACAUUUCAACAUUUUGUAAUCGUGAAAUUUCAACUUUAUUUAAAAUUUUUCAGUUCGAAAUUUCGAUAUUAUUCACAACACUUUGUAAUCAUGAAUUUGACUUUAAUCUCAAAAUUUUGACUUCAUUGACAUGAUUUCAAUAUUUAAUCCCGAAAUUUCGAUUUGACAUAAUUUCGAUUUUUUUAAUCUCGAAAUUUUGACUUUAAUUUCCUUCCUGCAAUUAUUUUUUUUUCUCUUCAUGUGGCACUAAUUAUUUUUCGUAAAAAUGGGACCAUGUCACUAUAUCACAAUAAUUUUUGUUGUAUUUUAUGUCACGGGUUUCACCUACACAUUUGAAUUUUGCAUCAUAGCUAAACUUGCAAAGGGGUACCCACUCCCUACACUUGGAAAAAUGAAGCUUGUGAACGCCCAGCUUCAGGUCCUGAAGGUCAGAGACUCAAUGUUUUCUAUCAAAUUGCAUGUUUGUUUUUUUAACAAGCCACAUUCAUUUUACUGCAGUAGUGUGAAACAUAGAGACGCAUGUUUCUACUGACUGCUGGUUCUGCUCAUUCUGUUUCUCCAGGACUACAUGCUGAUUGGUACGGAUGUUCAGUUCACUGGUUGAAAUACAUUCCUGGACACUCCCUGGAUUCUGCACCAGGCCACCAUAAAGACUCGAUGACGGUCAAACUAAAACAACCUGACAUAAAAUAUUUAAAGAAAUGCAAUCAAGUACAAACCUCAUUCACCUCCCCCAGGGGAAAUAUGUCUGUUUCUGUUUGGUAACAAACUCAAACUGCUUUUUCAAUACGGAUGGGGGAGGUGGCACUAACUUUUCUCUCAUAGCAGAUGUGUCAUAAUAGGACGCUCAGUGAGCACCAGGGCUCUGUUUGUCCCCAACUAUCAUUUAUUUUUUUUGCAAUAACUUUCUCCUUCAAAAGUAGAUCACAGCAAUUUCCACUGCUGCCCUGUGUUAAAUUCUUCCUCAAAGUUUAUGACUCUGUAACCAAGAGAGCAAUUGUACUGUGUUGAUUCAUUAAGUUUUUACUGCAGUUUGAAAAGUCCAAGGAAAAGAAUGAAGACAUCAAUCAAUCCAGACCACUUUAGGAAAGACUCAUUAAACACAGCAGAUUGUAUCAAAUAUUUACUAUCAUCCAAAUAUAUUAACAAUAACAAUAACACUCUUUACAGUUGUCUAAUCAGGCUGUGGAACUAAAUGUUCAGGAGGACCAUCCUCCCUCAGUGUGUCUUAAAGUCCUUUAAUAGAGGACGGCAGUGUACAAGUUUGUUUUCUUGGUGUCAGCUGUGUCAAUCAGGUCUUAGUCAUGGUUUUAUCUGAGGACAACUCUUCAUAAAGCUGGCUGCCAGGGAGAGUCCCACUGUGCUUCAUCGUGCUUCCCAGCGUGCUGUGGCUGAGGGCUCGACCUCUCAGGCUCUGGGAGGUGGCAGACAGUAUCUACAAUACAGAAAAAAAAACAGAAAGCAUUGGAUCAUAAAUACUCUUGAAAAAAUGUUCUCCCAAAUCCAAUCUCUUUUUAAAAACAUAUAUUUGAAACAAAAUUUGACCAUUUCUGGAUUUUUUUUAAAGAUUUUGUAUUGAAUAAAAAGUAUUUUAUGUGAUUGAGAA